AUGGUAAACUUUUUGCUACAACAAGGUGCAAAUAUUAAUCAACGAUGUUAUGGAGCAUCAUUUUGCCCUGAAGAUCAGAUCAGUAGCCGCACAGAUUCCUUAGAACAUGAAUAUGUAGAACUUAGUCUGAAAACUAGCUAUGCUGGGCGGAUGUAUUUUGGUGAAUAUCCAUUAUCAUUUGCGGCUUGUACUAAUCAAACUGAUUGCUUUCGACUGUUAAUGGCUAAAAAAGCUGACCCAAACAGAAAAGAUACUAAUGGAAAUACAGUACUUCAUCUUGCUGUUAUACAUGAAAAACCUGAAAUGAUCAAAUUGUCGUACGAUAUGGGCGCAAAGUUGCAAAUAGUUAACAACCAGAAUUUCACUCCACUUACUCUGGCAGCUCAUUUAGCUAAAAAAGAAAUGUUUGAGCAAAUUUUAAAAUUGGAAGCUCAUGUAGUUUGGACUUAUGGAAAUGCCAGCAGUUAUGCAUAUCCAUUAGCUCGAAUUGAUACAAUAGAUCAAGAAACAGGCAAUUUGAAUGAAGACAGUGCAUUAUCUCUUAUUGUUUACGGUGCAACAACAAAGCAUUUAGAACUUUUAGAUGGAUUACUCGAAGAAUUACUGCAAGCCAAGUGGGAGGCAUUUGGACGAAGAUAUUUAACGCUAUCCUUUUCAUGCUUUGUGGUGUUUUACGCAUGCAUUUUCACAGCCUUUAUGUGCCGUCCAUUUACCAUGGUGCCAGAGGCACCUUCACAUAACCAAGAUGGUUUGGUUAAUACAUCCAAAUCUUGCAAUGAUUCAAGUGAUCCAAAUUGUCGGAAUUUUACAAUCUUUGAUGCAUUAAUGACCCAUAAUAUCCAAAAUCCUGAAAAGUCUUCGUCAACAGAAACUGGGGGUAGUUUGCUUUUACAAGAUGACUGUCAACUUUGGUUGUAUUUUGGGAGAGGAUGGCAACAGUAUGUCCGAUUAGUAACAGAAAGUGCAGUGUUAUCAAUGGCUGUACUCCAAAUUAUUGGAGAUGUGAUUGAUCUAAGAAAUGUUGGUCAUAGCAGAUGGUGGCGUGUUUUGGUAUUUAUUUUUGUUAUAUUUUAUAAUUUUUGAUA